GGUAGCUCUGCACCAGGAUUUCCUCCUCCCAGGUCGUCGAAACAACAAACCGAACUACGGAGCAAGCGGGGUGAGAGAACGUCCGAAACCGCCUCUGACCGCGACUUUUAAACUCUUUUUUUCACAAUUGUUUAGGCAUUCAGACGGAGACUACACAAGAAUAGUAAAAGUUGGGGACCUGGUGGGACUACAUUUCACAACAAGGUAAGUUAGCUGUAAAAUGGCGGAGAGCUAUCUGGAAGUUAGUUGAUUUGUAUUUUGCUAGCUUUGCUAGCUCUGGCGGAGCUCGGAGCGCGGAUGUCUGCCUCAACCAAGUCGCUUCGCUAGCUCGCGGUACAUGGCUACUUCGGUUGUUAGCAAGCUAACGAUCUGAAUUUUUACAAACAGUUACGCACAAUAUUUAGUUAUCAGCCCCAAGGAGCGUUAAUUUUUCCAAGUGAAUUAGUUGCACUUUAUAUAUUUGUAAACAAAGUGUUUGUUGCUUAUGCAAUACGGCACUGGAACUCCCGAGGCAAGAUGGAGGACGCAAAGGACGUGAUGUUUUUUUAGGUAACAUUAGCAAUAGCCGUUAGCACAGCUAACUACUGGGAGUUAUUCUCUUCGAAUUAAUGAAGAAAUGCGAGAUUUUAUUACUAAUUCAUCUUCGGGAGAGCACUUGAAUUGACUUAAGUAUAAGUGCAGCAAGGAGUGAUUAUGCUCGUGAUCGCGAGAGACUGGCGUUAUUGUCUAGAUGCCAGCGUUAGCAUGCGCUGAUACACUAGGCUUGCGUUGUUUUGUUAUUAUGGUUCUGGUACAGUAGCGUUAAAUACUGGCAAGAUCUCAAAAAUGUAAUGGUGGUGUGCACAACAGGCUCGUUGCCUUUCCUUACAUAUAGCACGCUGUCGGUUUGCAUUAAGUCGCACACGCUUACUUUGUUCAAUUUCAACUAGCUGACGCCGUUGAAAAGACGCCAAAUUCCUCGGUUGCUAGCUUGUGCCGUUAGCACUAGCGGCGCACCGGCGUCAAUUUUGACAGGAGCCGGUGGAGAGCGCAGCCGUGUCGGCGUUGUUGGAGAGAGCUGAGGCGGUAGAUUGUAAUAUAGUUUACUCCCAGCAAUGUUCACUCUAGGGCUACAGGAUUUCGUGUUAGUUAAAAUAAACACGUCUGGCUCUUGGGAAACAGGUUUAUGAGUUACUGUGGUAGAUUUGGCGCCACUUUUCUAGUCUACACCCUUUGAAUGUCGCCUUCUACCCAUGCUGUAUUCCCUUACGAUCAGCACUCCUAGCACUAUAGUGGAUAUUAACACUUCGGUAUUUACCAUUAAUAUGUAGUUCACCAAAUGUUAAUUUAAUAGUAGACAUUAACAGUAAUUUACGGAUCUACAGUGACUGUGUAUUGAACAUGUUUGGGCUUGUGCGUCUACCAUUACAUAUUCAUAAAAUGUGUGCAUGGUAAAAUCCCGAUUUGGGAUCUUUGAUUAACUAUAUUCAGGAUGACCAGAGAGAGGAUGGUAUGGUUGGGCUUAUUACCCAUCCACGCUGAAGCAGUAUAUUGUAGGCCUGUGUGUUCGUGCUAAAAAUGCUGCGAUAGUUAGAAUGAAAUACUUGUAAGUCACCAUUGCGUGCAAUGGUACGGGGCGCCGACCUACUGCCCCCUGAGGGUUAAAUAAGGGGUGGAGCUGAGGUUUGCUUUUUCGAGACUCACUAGUUACUCUUUCUCGUAUUGCCUCAGUCAACUGCUAACCAAAACCAAAAUUUUAAUUCGUUUCUAGUUUGUGGAUUUAACACGAAAUGUGUCUUCAAAGGCACUCUUGCUCUUCUUUUAUAUUCAUGCCACUAAUUUACACAUCACUACCAUGCCAUAGUUUCUCAGUAGCCUGCAGUAUCUUGUUGAUGUUGAUACUGCAGUUUGAUUGGUCGAGAUAUAUAUGGGGCGGAUAGGGCAGUGCCAUAUUUGGCCAUUGAGGAAGACACUUCAAUGCUCCUGCGUGACGUUGUCCGUAAAUCAGGGGGAGCAGAGAAAGAGAGGGAGCCAAUGGUUAGACAGCAGAGCGUGACAGCAGCAUGGGUCCGCCCCCUGUUACCAUGUGAAACCGUUUUUUUUUUUCUUCUGAACGGCAUCAAAGAAACAUUUCCUCACUAGAGUGUGUGAUUUCUGCCGACACAUGCAGGGUUGAUGUUUGCUUUUGCAUGAUGUACCAUUCAUAAGUGUGAAAAUGCUGAGUAUGUCUGAAAGUGGAGCUCUCUAUCACUGUUUCUUAAUUUUUAGGUCACAUGCGACAUCUUCUGUUUUAAACUUUCUGAAGAUCUCAAGCCAGUCACAAGUUGAAGUUGUCCAGAAGAUGUUACAGAAAUGAUAGCAGCACCAGAAAUACCAUCAGAGUAUUCCUAUACUCAGUAAGUGCAUGUGUUUACUUUCAUUGUCAAGGAAAAGCUCACAUAUUUCCCAACUAUCGGGUAACCAAUUCUAUUAUGUGCUCGUGUCUUCAGCGACACAGACACUAGAUUCUCUUCAGACACAGACUUCUCUGAGGAUCCUGAUGGAAGGAUUGCAGGCUCAACUAAGGGAAAGGUAAAUAAAUUCCUGUUUGUCCACAGAAUGGUUGGAAUUUCUGGGUUAAUAGCUGAUUUUUAUAACUUUGGGUCUAGAUGUUUUGUACAAGUUUAUAGAAUCAGCUUAAUCUCCGUUGUGACUCUCACCCUUGAUUAUUUAGCAUGAAAUUUGAUUAUGUUCCAGGGUGGGAAGAAGGGGAAGAAGGCAGCAGGGGAGAAAGGCAAAGGAGGGAAGGGGGCGGGCCGUAUAAAUGGCCACCACCAGGAGAAUGGCAUGGAAAACAUGAUGCUGUUUGAGGUGGUGAAGAUGGGGCGGAGUGCAAUGCAGGUAUGUAUGGCAAAACCUUUGAGAUAAUGAUACUGUACAAAUCUGUCCUUUAAAUCUGAUUUAAAAAGAGAAGAGCAAUAUAAUGGACAAAAGUUUAACUUUUUAACUUCGUCUGUCCAUUUUUUUUCCUGCAGUCUGUUGUUGAUGACUGGAUUGAGUCCUACAAACAUGACAGAGAUGUUGCGCUACUAGAUCUCAUCAAUUUCUUUAUCCAGUGCUCAGGAUGUAAAGGUAUGCACGUCUCUUAAAUGAUCCAAUGACAUGUUUGGGAUUGUUAGCUUGCUUCAUGUUGCUUACUAUUUAAUUUACGGUGGAUAAUGGUUGGAUCACUGUAUGGAACAAGGAGUACAGUCAACACCCGCUCCUUCCUUAAAGUGUGGAAAGAUACGAUUUGCCAUGAAAUGGUGCUGUGCAGCGGUUUACUAAGUUUGUAAGAAAAAAGCUGAAUAGGUUUUUAUAUCCAUCAGAUCCAUUUAGACACCUAUUGGUUUGUUUUCCCUCUCACCUUGUUUUUCUUUCUUGUUUCAUAAAUUUUCUUCUGACUAACCCUUCUGUUCAUCAGGUGUGGUCAGUGGAGAAAUGUUCCGAAACAUGCAGAAUUCUGAGAUCAUUCGACGAAUGACAGAGGAAUUUGAUGAGGUAGCUUCUCCUUUACCAAUGAUCAUAUUCAUCAUAAGCCAUGCAAGCGUAAUGUUAUUGCAAGAAUCAUCAAAAAGAAGUUGAAAUUGCCAGUGGACUAGCACAGAGAAUAUUGCUACCUUAACAAGAUAUCAUUAUCUGCAGACUGACGCCUCAGCUGUGGUUGAAUUCAUUGAUUUUUCUUCUCUCUUUGGUUUCUGUAGGACAGUGGUGACUACCCUCUAACCAUAGCAGGACCCCAGUGGAAGAAAUUCAAAUCAAGCUUUUGUGAAUUCAUUUCGGUGCUGGUGCGCCAGUGUCAAUACAGUAUCAUCUACGAUGAGUAUAUGAUGGACACCGUCAUCUCCCUUCUCACCGGUUUAUCGGACUCACAAGUCCGAGCCUUCAGACACACCUCUACACUGGCAGGUAAGCUGAAAUGUGCUGUCUACACGACAUUUUGUUCUACAGAGAGGGUUGUGUGGGGAAAAAAAGUGGCCUAUGUGGAGAGUUUGUUGCAGAGGAUCUUUGUUUUACAAAAAGUCAUUGUGAGGAACACCUUUUAAGCCAAGAAAAAAAAACAACUACUACUUUUGAAGUGUUGAAAUAAAAAGACAUGAAAUGAGUUGCUGAUUAAAAUUACAAGCAUCCAUGAAAUGGACUGUUUGUGGAAAAAGCAACUUUCUUCAGGUGGAUCCUGUGGUCAACCUUCAGAUGCUCAUCACACAACCUGUCGUCAGUAGCAUUACAGAUAAUUCCAAUAACAGUUGUAACUGUGCAUUUGAGUUGUGCGACAGAACACGUUUUUAUUACCCGGCAAAUAUAGUUGCGCAAUGGUUUUAAGAGUGGUUUGAUAUUGUUCCUUGUAUAAUAGGCUGACUUUGCACUAUGAAGUUGCUAAAAUUCAGAGUCUAAGUAAUUUGACAUCUGCAAGAGAACAACAAAGUCCCACAUCUCUCUUUGUGAUUGGCAAACAGUAGCUUGUCUUUAAAGAAAACGCUGAAUACUGAUACUGAUUUAAUGUAGUUUUUAGAGUAGUCUCACUCUGUUGCAUUCAGCCAGGGCUACUUUAAGUUGCAUAUCCUCGACCCUGCAGAUAAACACAAAGUGGCAGUAAAGGAUAUUAAAUUAAACAUUUUCAUUACCUUGCUUUGUUGUCAUGCCUUAUGUUAUCUGUUGUAUUCUUUGCAGCAAUGAAGCUGAUGACAGCCCUGGUGAAUGUAGCUCUUAACCUGAGCAUCAACAUGGACAACACCCAGCGCCAGUACGAGGCAGAGAGGAAUAAAAUGGUCGCCAAGAGGGCAAACGACAGGCUGGAGCUGCUCCUGCAGAAACGCAAAGAGGUAAUAUUGGUCACAUGGCAAUUUGUGAUAGUCCUCUAGCCUUUUGAUGUCCUUCGCUUUGUCCCAAAUAUUCAAAUCUGACCAGAUCAAGGAUGGCCUGCAAAUUAUGUCCAAAGGUAUAUGAAUGUUGUUAAUAUUUUCAUAUUUCAUGCUCCAAACUGCUGCAGGCAAAUGUCUGCUUAGCCCUCUAUUAAAUGCCCAUGAUGCGUUGAGGACAACAAUGUGUUUUACUGGCACUGGCGUGGAAGUAGAAAGUAACGUCCCCUUAUUAGAACUGGAGUGUUCCUAACAAUACAGUCAAGAGCCUUAGUUUUUGUUCUCCCCUGUACAUAGAGCCAUUUCUAGUUUUCAGAGGAAAGGAAGCCUGUGAGAGUAGUAAACAAUCAGCGUUUCAUUCUGUCAGUUCAGUUCAAAGCUAAACAAUAAUUCAACAAGGUAUAAUUGAACCCAGUAUCAAAUCGCUAAAGUCAUCUUUCAUAUGCUGUAAACUGAAGGUUCGGUUCCCUGACAUGCAAUUUGUGUCAGGUAUGCCACUACAGGCUUUUUCACCCGACCACCUUGUAAGUCAGGCAAAUCAGUCAAAGUGUCGGACCACAUUAUCAUGAAUCACUGUAGCAUCUGACAGUAAAUGUUAUCCAUUUUUAGACAUGCAGCACCUCUGUGGGUGUUAGACCUGCAGUGACUGACUUAUUACUGAGUGUUAUUCAGCUUGCAUUGACAGUUUAUUAGGUUAUGUAACAGCAGGUCCCACUGGGCAUCCAUCUGUUAGUUCACUUUGCAGUCCUACAGCAGCAUGACGGCACAGUUGGUGGUCACACAUGUCUUGUUAUGCUAAUGCAUCCCGGUCAAUGCUCACGGGAGCAUUCGAGUAGUUCGUGAUAAACGAUAAAUUAAAUUAUUUUCAUUUUCUGCUUUCUUUCAGCUCCAAGAAAAUCAGGACGAGAUUGAAAACAUGAUGAAUGCAAUAUUCAAAGGAGUGUUUGUUCAUCGAUAUCGGUACAUCAUUUUUAUUAUCAGUCCAUUGUUAGCACACUUUUUUUGGUAACUGGCUGCUGUGGGAAAACUUCACGAAUGCUUAUUUUCUCUGUUAAUUUCACAGUGAUUCGAUAGCAGAAAUCAGGGCAAUCUGUAUAGAAGAGAUCGGAGUCUGGAUGAAACUCUACAGCGAUGCCUUCCUCAACGACAGCUAUCUGAAGUAUGUGGGAUGGACAAUGCAUGAUAAGGUGGGUCACAUGAAGCUUGCUGUUGACAUGUAUCUCCUCAAGGCUGCAACAAAUAAUAGAGUGCAACAUGUUUUCUUCAUCUUCUCACUCCUGUUAGUGUUGUAAAUGUCUGUCUGUAUUAUUGUUGUCAUACACUGCACCUUUCAGAUUAAUCUGAAGUUUAAUCCGAAUGAGUCAAAACACUUGCAGCAGUGUGGCUUUUACCUACACAGUUAACGACUCAAUAUCAGCCAUAGAAAACAGAACAAAAAAUACAGUUCUCAAAUCUGCUGUAACUUAAAUAAUGGUAUCAGAUGUAAAUGAUAACUAAACACAUAAUGUGCAGGUAAAUAUGUAAGUUUUUUUGUAUUUGUAAUCAUAGAAGACAAACUUAUACAUAAAAACCCACAGGCGAACUGAUUACUGACUGCUCCUGUUCUUUGCAUUUCAAGCCCAGGAAAAACUACUCUUGUUAAAUGACAGUUUUUUCUUGUGAUUCCAGCAAGGAGAAGUACGUCUGAAGUGUCUGACAGCUCUCCAGGGUCUCUACUACAACAGAGAACUCAACGCAAGACUGGAACUCUUCACCAGUCGCUUCAAGGUCAGCACCACCUGCUGGACAUAUUCCUCACUACAUCACCAGCUUGAAUGUUCAACUUUCUCAUGCAAUGACCACGUUUGGACUGAUGCUCUCUUGACACAAAAGCUUAUUUAUUUUUGUAGAAUUCAGUUUAUAACCUAAGAAGUCCUUAUGAAUGGGUGAUUAAGUGUGUUAUCAUUCUCUCUCUUUUUACAGGACCGUAUUGUCUCUAUGACCCUUGACAAAGAGUACGAUGUUGCAGUACAAGCUAUUAAACUACUCACUCUAGUCCUGAAGUAAGUGGCUCUUCUGUCCUCAGUGCUGUUUGAUCGACACCUUCUUAAUUCUAUCUCCAGUAGGAUUUAGUCUUUACUUCAGGGGCAAACCUUUAUCUCCACUGUUUGUGAAUUACGUGUAGUUCAUGUAUGUCUCCUGCAUUUUUAUCUUUUUGGUAAUCAGAGCUGACUGAUUCUUUUGGUUUGUCUCUACAGUAGUACGGAUGAGGUGUUGACUCCUGAGGACUGUGAGAGCGUCUAUCACUUGGUCUACUCAGCGCAUAGACCGGUCGCCAUUGCAGCCGGAGAGUUCCUCUAUAAGAAGUACGUUAAACGAAAACGUGUCAAGUCAUACAAACCCUUGAACAGACAAAUAUGGAAUGAUCUCAGCGUCAUUAAGGGGAGUUGGGUAAAAAAGACAAAAGAACAAGGGCUUAGAGUUGUAGAUAAGUGGACAAGAUUUACAUCUUCACGGUUUCUAUAGUUUUAACUUUAGUUGAAAUCCAGAGUUAAGGACUGCAGACUUGCUCCAGAACAGAUCACUAUCAAAGUCUAAUUCAUUUGUUCAUUAUUACCUAGUUUAUAUGGUUAGUUUUAAUUUUUAAGUCUGUCUGUGUCAGUAAAGGGCUUGUUGAGGUUAUGUUGAAGUUGGUUAGUUUGAUACCAAACUAAUGAUAAAUGUUGUUAAAGACUUUUCAGCCAGCGGGAACCUGAGGAAGAAGGUGCCCCCAAGAGGAGAGGCAGACAAAGUCCCAACGCCAACCUCAUCAAGACCACUGUCUUCUUCUUCCUGGAGAGUGAGGUAUGUUGUCAGCGUAUUUACUGUCAUCACCUUCAAAUUGUUCGUUGGUGCAACUUAUAAGUAGCUGAACCCCUAAAUAUUUGAAAUUGGUUUCAUCUCUCAGCUCCAUGAGCAUGCAGCGUACCUGGUGGACUCCCUCUGGGAAUGUGGUGCAGAGCUACUGAAGGACUGGGAGUGUAUGAUCAGCUUGCUGCUAGAUGACCCUUUGCCAGGAGAGGAAGGUACAGUCCCGGUUUAUUUGCAGGCCCAGGUUACCGGUAUGAAGUUCAGUCCACAGAUGUUGCAAAGAUCACGCUGAUUUUCGUGGUGUUUUUUUCUUUUUCAGCUCUUACAGACAGACAAGAGACAGCCUUGAUCGAGAUCAUGCUGUGUACUGUACGCCAGGCUGCUGAAUGCCACCCACCUGUUGGAAGAGGCACAGGGAAGAGGGUAAGAGUGGCCUCAACGCCUCUUAUAGUGAAAAUCUCAGCUAUUUUCUUUGUAUACGCACUUGGAACGUCUUGGAGGUUGUCAUGAGAGCUGGUUCAGUACUUAGUGUAAGUGAGGCAUCAGGGUAAGCUGAGUCCCAAAGAUUUAAAAACUCCUAACAGCUUACUUAGGCAGUUAAUGUCUUCCUUAAACACCAUGAUCAAGCGUUGUAAAGGGCGCAGGUUUUGGCUGUUUUGGAACAUUUCCUCAUCAUUUGCCUAAAACACAGCAGUCACACAAAGAGGUUUUGAGGCAUGAAGGGGUUUGUAUUUGUUGCUCUUAUUACAUGGCUGAUUUUUAGAGGCAUCACAUGUAUCACACUAUGUCAAAGCUGCUCCAAAGUUUUAGAAAUUAUGAACAAACUUUGUCAUGAGCUGCUCUAACACCUUAAGACAUUUUGCUUGUUCUUGCUUGUUUAAGACAUUUUGCUUGUUCUUCACUGUUCUUCACUGUUCAAGUUCAAGAUUUUCACCCCCUGGUCUGUUGUUUUCCAAUAGUUAAAUGUGUUUUAUUGUUUGCAUGCAUUUGCAAAGUGAAAGUGAGAAUAAGCAUCCCACUUGUGUCAUCCCUGAUCAGGUGAUGACAGCGAAAGAGAAGAAGACCCAACUGGAUGAUAGAACCAGAAUGACAGAGCUGUUUGCUGUGGCUUUGCCCCCUCUACUGGCCAAGGUUUGCAACAACUAUUUUCUCCCUCUACCCUGGGUUCCUUUUUAAAAGACUGUAAAUGAUGCGAGCUCUUCAAUUGGAAAUGUAUUCUAAAGUUGAAUGUUUGUUUUGCAGUAUGCUGUGGAUGCAGAGAAGGUGACUAACUUGUUGCAGUUGCCUCAGUUCUUCGACUUGGAGAUUUAUACCACAGGGCGUCUGGAAAAGGUGAGAUACAGAUUUGGUCAUACCUGCUGAUUGUAAAAUGUAGCAAACUACAUGAUAUAUUAGUACAAAUUGUGACUUGAGAAAUUGUCCUCAUUGACCUUUAUCCCCAUUCUGUCCCUGUAAACCAGCACCUGGAAUCUCUGCUGCGUCAGAUCAGGGAAAUUGUGGAGAAGCACACAGACACUGAAGUCCUGGAGGCCUGCUCCAAGACUUACCAUGCCCUCUGCAAUGAGGAGUUCACAAUCUUUAACAGAGUGGACAUCGCCCGCUCCCAGCUACUGGAUGAGCUGGUGGACAAGUUCAACAGGCUACUAGAAGACUUUCUACAAGAGGUAAGAGGGAUGCACAUGACACAGAAACAAUAGCGGCCCUGGACAUGCAUGAUUUCUCUUAUGGUCUUUUUGGGAAAGUGAGUCUGCUUCCCCUUACCACCAGAUAUUUAACUUUGUUUGCCUUUACUUCUGAUGUGUUAAGUGUUGUCAUACAGUCAUUUUUAAGUUACAUAAAAUCGGUGCCAUUUCCAAGAAGUCGUCUAUUAAGGGUAGCAAUAGUUCUCGUGCAUAAUAAGAUCAUACUGUUUAAGGGAUCUUGUUCUUUGAUACAGAUUGAGAGUGUGAAAGUGUUCAUCAGUCAUUGUAAAUAAAAUCUAAUCUGAGAAUGUUCAGAAUUUUCUUAAAGAGCUUCAUCCAUAAGCUGUAACAUUAUUUUGUUUUUUUCAGGGUGAAGAAGCAGAUGAAGAUGAUGCUUAUCAGGUUUUGUCAACUCUAAAAAGGAUUACAGCAUUUCACAAGUAUGAAACCCUCGCUCUCUGGAGUUCCUAUUCCCUUAGACACAUCAUGCACCCCGUACAGAGCUCUAAACAAUAAUUCAUGUCACAGUGCAAGUGUCUGAAACUGACUGAGCCUCUCUCAUCUGUUGCAGUGCCCAUGACCUUUCAGGGUGGGACCUCUUCACCAGCAACUUCAAGCUUCUUAACACUGGCAUAGAGAACGGCGACAUGCCUGAGCAGGUCAACAAACACACAUGCACCCACUUCAGUUUGAUGUGUCUUCAAUUUCAGAUUUAAAAUCAAUGAUAUUGACCACCAUGUGAUUUAUUUCUCCUGAGCAGAUAGUCAUCCACUCUCUACAGUGUACCCACUAUGUGAUCUUAUGGCACCUGGCCAAAUCGUCUGAGGGCAGCUCCAGGAAGGUGAGAUUUCUUCGAAUAUUAUUGUCCCUGUUCUGAAAUACCUUAGAGAAUUAGACUGUCGUACGCUCGGUGUUACAAAUUCUGCUCACUUGUUGAAUCAGGACGACCUGGUGACCCUGAGGAAGCAGAUGAGGGCAUUCUGUAUGAUGUGUCAGCGCUACCUCACCAACGUCAACACCGCCGUCAAAGAACAGGUGACACGCAGACACAAGAAAACUCCAUCUUUUGGCUGAGUUGUAGUUGUAGAUAAAGUCUAUUUGAAAGGAAGACAGGAGCAAAAUCAGUGUUUUGAUAUGUGUGAUGAUCCAGAUUGUAUCGUAACAUGUAUAAUGUUGUGUCCUCUGUGUGGUAAUGUGAAGUGCAUCAUGAGGCUGUUUGUUUAAGGCUAGGAUUUUCACUUAUCCUGUCCUAAAAGAUAAGACAUAUACUCAACCCUUUAGCUACUAAGAGGUGUCAAGGCUUCUGUUGAGUGCAUCUGCAAGGUGCGAGUGAGAUGGGUUGAACCGCUUGAACGAGUGGCUCUCUUGCAUACUCGCUUAUUUCUAUCACAAAAGGGUUUUGGAAAAGAUUUUGAGAAGCUUGCUCUGCCUCACAUCUGAUUUCAAAAGUUUUAUUUCAAGGUCUUGAACCGAAUCCACAAGGAUUGAAAGUCUUGAAAGUUAACUUUUUGUACCCCUCUUUUUUUUUUCACCUUUUCCUCCCAUAGGCCUUCACCAUCCUGUGUGACCUCCUGCUCAUCUUCAGCCACCAGAUGGUGUCCGGAGGCAGAGAGCACCUGGAGCCCCUCGUCUAUUCUCCAGAGGACUCGCUACAGUCGGAACUACUCUCCUUUAUCCUGAAUCAUGUCUUCAUAGACCAGGAUGAUGACACAAAUAGCACAGGUACAAAUGCAGAUAUGGAUCCAGAGGCCCGUUUACCUUCUUCUCUAAGAAAUAAAGGGGUAACACCAGUGCUCCUAUCUUCUCUGUCUUAUCUUAGAUGGGCAGCAGGACGAUGAGGCAGUGAAGAUUGAAGCUCUGCACAAGAGACGAAACCUCCUCGCUGCCUAUUGUAAACUGAUCAUCUACUGUGUGGUAGAAAUGAAGACAGGAGCUGACAUCUUUAAACAGUACAUGAGGGUGAGUUCAAGUUGGAGCCUGACACAUGAGAUGCUACACAUCUUCCUUCUCGCAUGAUAUAGGAGCAAUGUUUUUAUUGCAGGAACUUGUAAAUCUGAACAGCUUUGAUCUAGAAAUAAAAUUACACAGAUAAUCCUUCAUGCAUUUCUGUUUUUGUUUUGUUUACAGUAUUACAACGAUUACGGUGACAUCAUCAAGGAGACUAUGAGUAAGACUCGGCAAAUCGAUAAGAUUCAAUGUGCCAAGACGCUCAUCCUCAGUCUGCAGCAGGUCGGUGUGCUCACUUUUUGAAGAUUUCACACGUUCAUUCUCUCGAUUUGUCUCGGGGUCUAAUAGAUUAUUGACUUAUUGUUCCCCUCGUGUCUUUCUGCUAGCUUUUCAAUGAAAUGCUGUCUGACCUGGGCCACGGGUUUGACCGCUCUUCCUCUUCGUUCUGCGGAAUCAAAGAGUUGGCGCGUCGUUUUUCUCUAACCUUCGGCCUCGACCAAGUUAAGACCAGAGAUGCCAUCGCCAUGCUUCAUAAGUAAGUGUUCAUGCGUCUCUGGUUACAUCGCACUGCUCCUCUUUCAUUUUUGGCCGCGCAUGUGGGAACUGUCAUGUUGGACAAAUUACUCUUUGAGUACUGUGUUUCCUCUUGCCCCCCGGAUUUAAGAGAGGCUCAACGAAUCAUUUGUUUCACUUUUCUAUUCCCAUGGAGUAAAGGUACUGUAGAGAGACAUGAGAAACUACUUCACACAGUUCAAACAAAGAUGGUUUGAUUCUAUUCUUGACCUUUUUCAACCAUGCAUCAUGUUGCUUUCAAACAAGUACACUCUAGUCACACUUGCUGUUUUCCUCCUGUGGAUUGUCAAAGCUCUGGCGAGGAGUUUUUGUUAUGUUUUAUACGUAAUACUCAACUGAAUGCUGUACUGUCUGUCACCUACAAGAGAAGACAAGUCCAUCAGCUGUGAGAUAUUUUCUAUGUAGCAACCUUAAAGACUUGUUACCGCUGCCCAAAAAGGCCUUUAAUGUCCUAGACAGCAGUUAAAGACGUGAUUGACAGCAGUCUUUUCAGCCGAAACCACAACAGCCACCACUAACGGACACAAACGGAAAGUUCAAGAACAUUUUGAAGGACAUGAAACCAUCUUUUGGAUAGUUAAUGCAGAGAGAUUUCUCAGAUGGACAAAGCUGGCAGACAAAUAUCUCUGCCUGCCAGCAACAUCAGUGCCGUCUGAGUGUGUGUGUUUGUGUUUUGUAUUUUGUCUUUUGCAGUCAGACUGAAUGUGACCAGGCUCUGAAAAAAAAACAAGUGGGCAGGAAAUUGGGCACUUAGUCUGAAAUAUCUCUCUGUUCUGAUCUGUUGUUAGAACCACUCCAGAUUAAACAGUUUGAUCCACGCUACACAUGCGUGUGGAGGUUGUUUUCAUGGGCCUGUUCUUUAUAUCCAUGGUGUCAGACAGUUUGUACACCUCUGUGUUCUUCAGCAAUGCUUCACCUCUUUAGUUAUUCAUCACGUUAGCUUUGGAAAAUAGAUUUUUCCAUUCAAAUGAAUUUUUGCCUAAAUGUCAUUCUUAAACAGAGUAAUCAAUAAGUGAUUGUAAACAUUUCCAAAGAUGAAGGACACUGAAUUUUUAGGGUAAACAGAAAGUCUCUUACAGAAGCUUUAGAUUGUCUUCUUGAUAGAAAGCUAAUGUAUGCAUGUUUGUUAGUUAGCAUGACCACUACCACCACUUGUGUAUGAUGUGCAUACAGUAUGUGAUUGAUAUGUGGAGUAUGCAGCAAGUUUUUUUUCCUUUGUUUAAACCUUCUGUGAAAAUAGUCCAGACUUUCAAAGCACAGUGGCUUCACACAGAGUCAGGCUAUGGCACAGUGCUUCAAAGCACUGAAAUCACUUUAGAGGUUUAGAGUUCCCCAAUCUGAUACUUUAUAUAGGGGGAAAAAGUCAAUAAGAAUAACUGAUAUGAAAAUACCCACCUCGCUCUAGGGGUGGAAAAUUCUUUGAGACAGACAAUCUGGCUACUUAAUAUUUUAAUCCACAUCCCGCUUUUCAUCAGUGUCUUUGUGUGAAGGGUUUUUGAUUGUUCUUGUCAGUACCUUUGGAUUUAGGAAGAUUGGAAGUUCACUUUGAGAGUUGGGAUAGUUCUUUGCCCGUCUUGAAAGUUAGGCAGUUUAGAAGUGGCUAAACAUCUCACCUUAUGUGAAGGCAGGCGUUGAAAUCAGGACACGAAACCGGAACCAUGAGAUUAGUGUUUCUGGUUCAUACGUGCCCUCUCUGAACUGUUUUGUCCACAUUUUACAUCAACACAUUCAGUAAAAUCUUUCUCUGCCUCUUUUUUUCCCUCCUCUCCGUCUCUCUGCACCUCUUAGGGAUGGUAUUGAGUUUGCAUUUAAGGAGCCAAGUCCCCAGGGAGAAGGAGGCCCCCCCCUCAACCUGGCUUUCUUGGACAUCCUCAGCGAGUUCUCCUCCAAGCUUAUGAGACAAGACAAGAGGACUGUGUAAGUUUUUCUGCUGAGCUGACAGGUGGGAGGCUUCGGUGUCCCAGUGUAACAGGUGUUUGUGACAACUGGUGCAACUGGUGUUUCUGGGGCACGAGUGGUGAAUGUGAGGCCCACAGUUGGAAUGUGCACCUGGUUUUGUAUGUAUGGUUUUUCCUGCGUAUGCAUUAAUGCAUGAGUCUGUUCAUCGUUUCUGUGUCACCUCCCGCUUCUCCCCAGCCACAUGUACCUGGAGCGCUUCAUGACAUUCCAGAUGGCACUGCAGCGAGAGGACUGCUGGCUUCCCCUCAUCUCCUACAGGAAUUCCCUGCAGGCGGGUGGCGAUGACGACACCAUGUCUGUGAUGAGUGGCUACUCCAGCAGAGGCUCCUCGAUCCGCUCCAAGAAGACCAAGCCUCCUGCUGUUACAGCUGGAACUUCAGCAGCUAAGAGGAAGCUACCAGAAGGUAUCCACUCUGGGAAAUCAACAGAAUAGUUAAUGAGGUUUAAUUAGGGAGCCAAUAGCUAUUUUUUAAGGAGAGAGGAGGAACUUGACUAAAAUCUUCAGUACAGGCAGCUUCAAACCUCCAAGUCUUAAACACCUUCCAGUUCAUAAACACUGAAAGUGGGUCUUCAUGAGAAUUACAUACAUUAUACUCAGCACAGCCAUGAUGUUACAAAAGCAGAGUUGGAGCCCAGAUUAACCCAAAUGCGUUCAUAACAGCCUGGCUCAGCCAGCCAAGCUGAUGGGUGAGGAGAUUAAACAGCAGAUGGGAGGAGAGAGUCACACGGCUCCUUACAGUCGCACAGCGUCAUUUAUAUUUGUAUCCAUAUAAGAUCGAUACUAGAAAGGGAAGACCUCUCAGUACUGUAGAUGGUCAUCCAUUUCCACUCGGUCCUUUUUCCACAACUCCUCAACAACCUCCUGUUAUAUCUCUGGAGGUUUUUAAAAGUGAAAGAAUUUGUAAAUCUUGGCAAAUAUUUGAAGGCCCUGAGAGCACUCGGUUACAGUAAACCUAAGUGUUGCAGACAGUUUUGAUCACAGUUUAGGGACUUUGGAGGAAAUCUCAGAGCACUGUAAAAAGCAGAAUGUUUGGCUCUUAAUGACCAGAUUAACAACAAAAAAAAUGUACACAUUUGUCGCUUGGUUUUCUAACACUUCGGCCCUGUCUCUGCAGAGGAGAGCAGCAGCAGCGAGGUGUGGCAGCAGAGCAUGCAGACCCCAGUCAUGAUACCAACCCCCCACCUCACCUCCACUGCCAUGCGAGACCCUAAGAGGGGCCGUGACGACAGCUUCAUGGGGGUGUACCCCCUCCCUCACGACCAGCAGCAGCCCCACCAACACCCGCAGCACCAUCAACAGACGCCUCAGCACCACCAGACACCCAUGGAUUACAAGUAUGCAUGCUCGACUCUUGCAUUCCUGAGGUGUAACAGUGCAGUCAGUUUGACGUAUAAGACUUAAGAAGGAGUCACACUUUCGUACAUAUGAGGUAUAUUUCCAAAGCUUAGAAUAAACGCUACUUCAACAACUUAAUAUACAUAACUCCCUCUGAUACAGUGCCUGUUAACUGAACUGUGUUUUAUUCAAAGAAUGUCACAAUAUUUCAGUUUUUGUUUCUCUCCCACCACUUGAAGUGUAUAGCAGUUGAAAUCAGUCCAGUGUUGAGUCAUCAGUGUAAGCGCUUGCCUUUCUUUUAUGAAUGCCAUAAUAAGUUCCCUCAGGAGAGAAUAAUGAAUAUGUUUAUUUCAAUCAAUAUUCCAGCUCCAGGGUUUGUACUAUCAAAGUUAACACUAAUAUACAUGUUGUUUUGAGGGAAUAUUCUUUACUGUUAGUCCCCAGAGGUUCUCCGCUUUUAUCUUCCUCUCCUGCUAAAUUGCUUCAACCUUUCAGAAAGGCUCCGACGGCCAUUUUCUUUUCAUUUAUAAUCUGUUAAUUCCUCAUAUUCUAAUGCAGGAUUUUAUGGAUAUGUUUGGGCUUGUGUCCAGACAGUCAUUAAGAUCAGUGGAUCAUGUAUUCUCCAAGUAUAGGAUCAGAGGAAUAUAAGAAUAGAGAGAGAAAUAUGGACUCCGAGCCAAGACACAUUAGGAAGGGCUUUAAUUUGAUUUUCCGUUUACAUGCUAUUAAUUAGAGAGAGUAAACAGUAGCAGAUAAUUUAGUAUAACAGUCUGCCAAGUGUUGAGCCCAGCGUGACUUCUCCCUGGCUAGCUUACGUUGAGCUGCAGCAUAUAUGAUUGUGAUUCUGUAACACUAAUAGAUGCUCUCUUGUGGUUUCAGUUCCCAGGUGACGUGGAUGCUCGCUCAGAGACAGCAAGAAGAGGCCCGCCAGCAGCAGGAAAGAGCCAUGAACUACGCCAAGCUCAGGACCAAUCUGCAGCAUGCUAUGUAAGGACACCCACAAGAAGGUUCAGUGGAGAUCAUCAGAGGACUUUUGUGCCUACCGUGUAACUUUAUUUAUCUUUUAUUUUAUUUUCUCAGUCGUCGUGGCACUGGGCUGAUGGAGGAGGACGAAGAGCCGAUUGUGGAGGAUGUGAUGAUGUCAUCUGAGGGUCGUAUGGAUGACCUGAAUGAAGGCAUGGACUUUGACACCAUGGACAUUGAUCUGGUAGGAACCACCUGGACUUGAAUGAAGUGUUAAUGAAUAUUUAGAAUUUUCAAAGGGAGUCUUGCAUUCAGUAUAAACACACAUAGAAGUACAAUGAUGUCUUCGUAUUUGUCUCUCAGUGUCAGCAUUCUGCCAUCCUGAGACUAUUUCAUAGAUAAGGGUAUCUGCGGGGGUCUUGAAAAGUCUUUAAACGUCUAAAAUCCGAAAAUUUGAAUUUAAGACCUUGAAACGUCUAAAAUUCUCUUGAAAUCUCAUAAAAUGUCUUAAAUACAAUUUUGGAAGGUCUUAAAAAUGUGUGAAUUUUACUUACAAAUAAAUAAUGUACGGAUAAAGAUUGAUUUAAAGUAAAGUCAAAUGUUCAGAUUUCCUUUCAUGUCUUUUUGUACAUUUUGGCCAGUAUGGAUCUAAAAUGGGUCUUCAAUUGUAUUCAUUGCGGCCUAAAAAAGUCUAAAAUUUGACCUGUUGAAACCUGCAGAGACCCUGUAGAUAGGUUUGAUCAGCUCAAAGGCAUUUCUACAUUUUUCACAUGCAUAGUACAAAAAAAACAAACAACAGUUACUGUUGUUACUGGAGAUGCAGCAUCUGGUGUUUGGACAGUAGAGCCAGAUGCUCCAUCCUCACACUCAUCGUGAGCUUGAUUAUUUCAGUCUCUGUAAUGACGUUAACACCAUGUGGCAAGAAACAGUUGUCUGAAAUCUGAGCUGACUCUGGAAAAAAAGAGACUUAGAAAACAUUUUAAGACCUGUCGCAUCCAAAAAUCUCAUUCAGCUCUGUUAUUUAGGAACACGGCUUUAUAAAAUCUGAGGCUACAAGUGACUUACCUGGUCUUUACUAUCUUAAAAACUAUCAUGGUGGGGAUUUAGUAUUAGUGAAAACACAUUUAUGUGAUUUUUUUGUUUUUUUGUUUUACUACGUCAUCAUUUCUUUGGCUAAUUAAUUUAAAUAUGACUAAGUCAGUUCUUGUCAAUGUCAUCAAAGACAGCACCCAGACCUUUCUGGAAAAAUACUUCCAUUGUUUCCUUUUGCCUGGAUGCCUUGAUAGUCUUAAAAGUUUUAGCUCCAGAGGCAGUUUGUGUCCUUUCACUUUGGUUUUUUGUUCAAUCCUAACAAACCAAAUUAACUUUCUCUGACUAAGAGCAGAGUGAUUGGAUUAUAUAUUGGCAGCUGUUUAGCAUGUAUGCGCUCUGCCUGCAUGAAGAGUAAAGUAUUUGUUUUACAUGGAACAUAAAGCAGCCUGUGAGCGUUAUUAUAUUAACUCCAAACUCAAGAAAACUAUCAAAACAAGUAUUGGUAAUGGGAAAUAAUAUAUUUAGAAUAAGUGUUUUUUUAAUGAUGAGAAGUGUAUUGUUGACAGUACGUUGCAAGUUUUGGUACAGCAUCAGGCAACAUGACUAAUUGACGUGAGCAUGUAGGCCAGCGCCAAGGAACCAUGUAUCCUGAGUGAAAGGCAGAACAAAAUUUUAUCAAAGACAAAUGUCUAUUUUGGAUUCCUGCUCGUGUACUGCGCUCCAUGAAAAAGGCUCCACAUGUCAUGUUGAAUAAACCAAAAUACAGAACAGCUGACCUAGUUUCUCUGCAUUUGUUUCCUCAGUAUUCCUCUCUAAAUUGAGCUCUGGUAGAAGCAGGAAUUCUGGAAUCUAACUUUUCCCAUAUCAUUGAAUAAUAUCUUCAGAUCACACUUUAGUUGACUGUUUUUCCCGUUGUUAAUGUUUGUAAAGUUGGUUCUCACAUCACGUGCCUUCUCUCUUUCAGCCACCCUCUAAGAAUCGCCGGGAGAGGUCUGAGCUCAAGCCAGACUACUUUGACCCUGCUUCUAUCAUGGAUGAAUCGGUAAGAAAUCGACUCCACUCACUCACUUAGAUUUGUUUUAUGUAUUCUUGUAGCGCAACAAACAAAGACUGUAGCUGUGUUUGUAUGAGGGCCAGCUGGAGGAGCCACGAUUUAAGCCGACACAACUUAGGAUCUCCUCAGAGCAAACGUCGUAGUGCUAAAAUUAGUACAGCUCGGUGGACGUAAAUCAAGAGGAGAUGGCCUGUGAUCAGUCAUAUUACACUGGCCAAUAGCGAGCGUAUUGUAUUUGGAGCAUAAAACAUUUGGACGGGUUCAGCUGACCAGCCUGCGUGGGUAAGGGCCAAAUGCAACAUGUCUGUAUGAUUGCAAAAGUGCGGUUUUUGCCUGUGUAAACUCGCCAAACCAAAAAUGUUUGCUCACCAAAAACUCUUGUUUCAGCAUGUCCCAACUCUAACCCAGGAGGAUUUCUUCUUCCACCGAGCUUUGAAACGCAGGGUUCCUCAGACACUACCUCAGAAUAGAUCACAGAGAGAGAUAGGGUGUUUUAUGUCAACUUUAAAUAAUUUCUUUGUCACGAAAAAUAGUACCCCAGAACACAGAUUAUUCUUCAAAGACUCAGUGUCGUGUUUUAUUAGGCUUCUUCCGGAGGAAAGACACAAGACUCAGAACACUUGGCGGUUCAGCUUUUACCACUUGACUCGACUCGUUGCACUUCUGCUCUGAACGAUUCUGCCUCAGAUCCUCGCAUCCGCUCUGAAAACACCCUGUUAGUAUUGAUGUGGAUGUAAAAGAGAUUUCAUUGAAAACAGCAGAUAGUCAAAUGUGUCAGUGCGGUUGGAUAAAAGAAAAAGUAAAAAUAAAAAAAGUAGGGGUUGUGUGAAUCGAGACACUCGGACAAAAAGGCAUCAUACAGUUCAGCUAAAACAGCAUCAGGCUCUACUUUUAAUAGCACACAGUCAGUCAACUAAUCAAAAAGUAAAGUUCAAAAACAUUCAUAAUUUUGCAUUUCAAAACAUUUAAUGCCAAUUUUAUCAAUACAAAGCACUAUCACUCACUCCAAAAAGUGCUCUCUUAGCUGUGGGGAUGCAGUUGCCUGCUGACAUCAGUGUGAUUAGCUGAACUUGUAACCUGAACUCAGAAGUGAAAGCUCAAACUCAAAGUACCUUAAUGAAACGUUCAUUCUUUUUGACACAACGCCUAUUUUUCACUCUUAUUUUGCUCUUCAACUGAGCGCUCGGUUAAUUUACUUCUGUGUGCAGUGACAGGAAACGGGAAGGUGACCACAUCGCCGCGCUGACAAAAUAGCAUUUAAUUUAAGAUAAAUCACAUCAAUACCUGACCACAAUCUUUUCGCUAUUAACUUUGCUGACAGCUCUUAUUAUGUUGUCGAGAAAUUACUGUCCAUUAAACUCUGAUCAUAUUUUUCUGUACAUUUCCUGACUGUUCAUCAUCAAAUGCAGGAGUUUCCUCGUCAUAUGGUCACCUGUGAAUUGCUUUCAUUCUGAACAUUGAAAACUGGUUAUUGAUGCUGGUGUUUGUUUUUCUUUGCAGGUCCUCGGGGUGUCGAUGUUUUAAGCUAAUAUCCAGAUGGCUUUGACGCUGGGGUAACAGAGGAGGCGCUUUGUAUUUAAAGAGAAUUUUAGAUGCGGAAACAGAAGUGUUUUCUGUAAGAAAAACAAAACAAAAAAAAAAAAGUCUGGCUUGUACUCCACGUGGACCAACGACAACCCACACUCAGUGUUGCUUGCUCAGAGAGGACUUUGUUUCAAAUAUUUACUUUUAUAAUCUUGGGUAAGCUCUUCCUGUUCUGAAAUAGUGUAACAGGCCACUUCCAAACCUAUUAGAGAUGAGACAUGUCUGAAGAAAAAUCCAUAAUAGCUUCUUUUUUUUUUUUUUUUUUUUUUUCCUCUUUUUUCCUUAUUUUUUAAACGGGGAUGAAUUGGUGUGUUUAACUUAAGAACCUUUUUUUGUUUAUGUCUAACCCUUUUUACAAUUGUAGUAAGUUACCAGGUGUGAAGUAGUAAUUUAUAAACAGACUGUAGUAGCUUGCUUGUACUGUGUUAGCCAAGUGGAUGGAGGUCUUUAUGUUUCUGUGCUCUUUCUUUUUUCUCUCUCUCUCUCUCUCUCUCUCUCUCUCUCCCUCUAUCUCAUAAGUUUUUAAUCCCUGUUAUCGGGCCAAAUUGAAGGCCCUGAAAACCACUGGUGGUUAAGAUGGCGAGAUGUCACGUAGAAUCAGUCAUGAUCCCUUUAUGCUGUGAAGAUAUAGACUCCACUUGAUGCUCCACACUGUUAAAGCAGUAAGUCCCAAAGCUUAUCCCAAGAUUUGGACAGCUCCUUAACCGCCAUCUCAGUAGGGAAAUGUGCCCCCCUCCAAAAAACCCAGAGCAGAUUUUUACCCCAGUGGAGCCACUGUGUGGGCUCUGGCAGCAAGCGGCUUGGUUAAUAAUUACACAUCUUUUUCUCUUAAAAUCCAGCAGCAUAAUGUUGAAAUGGGUAUCUCUACAUUUUAAAUAAAAGUUAUAUAUGAAUCGGUGCUGAUUUUAUAUAUGUGCUUUUUGUUUUCUUAUUUUCAACUUUUCAACCUUCAGUCACAAAGUUUGAGAAAUGUGUAAGUAAAACAAAAAAAAAAAUGAAAGCAUGUGAAGCCAUGCAUCAAGGAAGAUUUUUAAAUUUGUAUUUUUAUGUUCUUUUUUUUCUUUUUGUCUUGAUAAUGUCUUCGGGUUUCUACCUUUUUUCCUACAUGUAAAUUAGUUUGGAUAAAACUAAUGAAAAGACUUGUGAAAAUUCAGCUUUAAGGUUUUCUCAGCAGAAAAGUCCUGUCACAAAACACUUAAAGAUUUCAAAUGUAAAAACAUGAAAGGUAGUCAGUCAUUCAGACAAUACUGAAGAUGAGUUAUUCAGCAGCGCUGUGGCAGCUAGACAAAGCUUAGAUUUUGACAUAUAUUUGUCACACACAAGUUUUAAUGAAAUGUUUUGUCUACUGAGGUUGUUAUUUUGUAGUCAUUCCAUGCUUAAGCCUUAAACAUGCUUGUGAAAGUCACCUUCUCUCUCACAGUAAUCUUCCAUGUCAGAGGAUCAGUCAUGUUUAAAGGUGGAUAAUUGGCUUCUUUAGAACAUGAAACAUGAGGUGGUCAGAUGUAAUGUGAUUAAGUAGAUGAACAGCCUAUAUGUGUUUUGCCUAAUUAUUUUAUGUAAGUAAAAAGAAAAUUCUUUUAAGGAAAAAGUACUGUUUAUUGUUUGUUACUUACCACUACAUUGGUAUAAAUUCUUAUUAGAUCAUGUGUAUAUAUACAAAAUUUACUUUUUUUCCUUCCUUUUGGCCAUUUCUGUGUUUUUUUUUUUUUCUGCACUCUUGCCUACACUCUAAGUUGUUGUCUAUUAUCCCAUCCUCUUUCAGUCACUCUGUUUUCUGAUUUGUACUUGUCUGGAGACAGUAACUUUUGAAUAAAAAUCAACACAUUUCAUCUGUGGUAUUUUUUUUUU